CAUCAACUAACAUGGCGGCUGAAAAGUUCGUAUUUUCUCGCGUUAUUUCUUAACGCAAUCGUGACAUCGCGAGCCUAGUUUGCAUACGGGUACUUUCUGCAUACUACCACCUGAGGUUUGGUCCAAGAGGUCCUUUGUCAAGGACAUAGGCCUACAUAUUCCGUCGCAUAUUUUUGCUUGCAACUUGGGACUCGUAUCCCAGGAUAUUGGCUAGUGCCAGUUCAAUAUUUCUGCUCGUUUUCUCCACCGUAUAAGGUUUUAUGACGUUUUUGCGUCAAAUCGGGCCCCUGUUGAGGCAAGCAAAAACCAUUGCGCCCUUGAAUUUAGAGUUUUGGAGUUUUAAUACUCCAGGAGCUUUUAUGAAGUUCUCUGCCACUCUCACGUAUUGGAGAAAACCCCACUGUAGUAUUCACAGAAAGCGUAAACCUUACCAAAUAAUCCAAACAUGGCCAUCAACAUUGACCGAUCCAACAUGGACCAGUUCUACCGCUAUAAGAUGCCUCGGCUCUUAGCCAAGGUGGAGGGCAAAGGAAAUGGAAUAAAGACUGUGAUUGUCAACAUGGUGGAGAUAGCAAAGGCGCUUUCCAGGCCACCAACUUACCCCACCAAGUACUUUGGUUGUGAACUGGGUGCUCAGACUCAGUUUGAUGGCAAAAACGAUCGAUACAUUGUUAACGGAUCCCACGAUGCAGAAAAGCUUCAAAAUCUGCUUGAUGGCUUUAUAAAAAAGUUUGUGCUUUGCCCAGAAUGUUCAAAUCCAGAGACCAAUCUCAUUGUAUCCACAAAGAAACAAACCAUUCAGCAGCGUUGCAUCGCUUGUGGUAACAAUAGCAAUGUUGACAUGCGCCACAAACUUACCACCUUUAUCCUUAAGAACCCCCCAGAAAUGGAUCCACAAACUCAAACACCAAGCAAAGGCAAGAAGUCGAAGAAGGAUAAGAAGGAUGAAUCAGAUCGUCACAGCCCAGAAGCCAACACUCAGCAGCAAAUGGCUGCCCAGCGUGCAUCAGGUGGUAACAUUGAUGUACCACCUGAGAAUGCUGAAGCUGCAGACGAUGACUGGGGUGACGAAGUCAGUGAGGAAGCAGUAAAGCAGCGGAUGGAAGAACUGUCUGGUGCAGCAAAAGGCCUCGCUCUCACUGAUGAUUUAGAAAAGACAGACAAGGAUCGCUUGGACAUAGUGUAUCAGCUAGUCAAGAGCAAGCAUCAAAGUGGGGAACUGAAGAAAUGCAUUAAAGAGGUGGGGAUAGAAGCCGAGCGGCUAGAGGUGACGGACAAACUGCCCUUGAUUCUGGUGGAAGUUCUGCUUACAGAUAAAGUACUGACACAGGUCAAAGAGUACAGUGUCAUUUUCCGUAUGUUUUGUGAAGAGAAUCAUCGGGCUCAAAAAUACCUGCUGGGAGGACUGGAGUUGCUAAUGGGGAAAGAAUAUGCAGCUACACUGAUGCCACGUGUGCCCCACAUCCUCAAAAUCUUCUAUGAUUUAGACAUUCUUGACGAGGAAGUCAUUUUGGAGUGGGCCAAAAAGGUAACUAAGAAGUAUGUCUCGAAGGAAGUGGCAUUACAGUUAAGGGAGAAAGCAAAGCCUUUCACAGAUUGGCUUGAACAAGCAGAAGAGGAGGAGGAAGAUGAUGAUGAGGAGGAAGCUGAGGAUGAGGUGGUGUACUCAACCACUGAAAAGGUUGGAGAGCAGCCAAUAGAACCUAAGGCAGCUGAGGAAAAUGGAAAAGAAGAUGAGGAUUUUGACAUUGACGCCAUUUAGAUAAGCAAUGGAAUAAGGAUCGACGGUGUGAAUACAAGUGUAAGGUCUCUUCGUGCAGUUGCUUAUGAAGCUGAGCUUGUGAACACUGUCUUUGCUCCUUAGCUUUGUGCUCAUGUUGGUCAUAUCUCCCACAAAGAGAAUGUGUAAUUUGAUUGCUGUGACGACAUUAUUAAUCUAUGAACUUGGUACAUAAAACUGUCUUUUUUUAUGUUAUUGGUUUGUGUCAGCAUUUGUGUGUCUCUUCAUGAAAAAGGAAAACCCAGUUGUUGGGUGAGGCUGGGAUUAACUAACUUUUAUGGGUGUAAUUAUUUUUUUUAAUACUUUUAUCAGGGAGAUAAGAUUUUUUUUUUACCUGUCCCCUGUACGUUUUAUUGCUCAUAAAGUCCUGCUGGCCAUGGAAUGUGUAAGCUGGAGUAAUCCCAACCACUUCAUAAUCAAAUUUUGAGCAACCUUUUAAUUAACUGUUGCUUAACUCUGACAAAAAUUUUGCUUUUCUUAAUUUGCUUUUUUUCUAUUUUAUAAUUGCCAUUUGGGAAGUCUGUUUUAGUGUGGCUUAUUUGUAAACAAUUGUUUUGGGCAGGGAAUAAAGUGAUGAGGGUGGUACAGAACUUUGUUUAUGUCAUGUGUGAUCAUAUUUCCUUUAGAAAAAAUAAUGAAGUUAAAAUUUGUCUGUUAUUUGUGAAAAGUUAAUGUUCACAGUAUUUUUGUUUAUUGCUUUUGCAUGUCUUAAUAUAAUACUUCAGUCAAUCUAAAACUUCAUGAUUUUCCUUUUGUUUAAAUAAAUGAUGUCUAAAGAAUAA